GAAGCUACAAAGAAAAUUUGUUAACAUAUUUAUUCUUGGGAAGGCAUAGAAGGGUCCAUUAAGAUUUGAUGACAUUAACCAAUGGGCUUGAGAUAAGGUUAGAAAUUAUUCUGUGUAUAGUUGCCAUUUACACUUAUUAUUUGGCAAUUCUUUUGAGACUUUUAUAGAUUUGUUAAGCUCCUUUUGUUUUAAAUAUAGACAAGUUGGCAGACAUAAACUGUUUAUAUGACAUUAAAUCAUGUUUAGUGAUUAUUUAUGUUGCUAAAUCUAAGCAAAUCUUACUUUAAUCAUGUUUAGUAAUAAGCAUAUCUACUCGGAUACAGCUAAUCAUGUCAGUAUUGGUAUUGUUUUAAUAACUUAAACAAUGAAUACAUUUACAGAAGUGGUAUCCUAAUUGCAAAGUCGACUAAAAGCUAACAUUUCAGACUAUAUCACUUCCAAAAGUAUUUUAUCAUUCUAUUAAUGGGAAACAAAAUAAAAAUUGGAGGUAACACUACUAACCAUCAUGUUACUCAUGUAUCACUGUGAAACUCUCAAACAAAACAAUGAAUACAAAUAUGGAAAGGUCCCUUAUUUUAAUGUGGAUCAUCCCAGCCAGAGAGAGGCAACUACAAAGUACAAGAAAUCGUAAAGACCAUAACACUAGCGUUGUCGUCUAACGUCUUCCAACCUAACUCCACUUUCCACUUCUGGUUAUUGCCUUCAUUAAAACUACUUAUGUCUUCUUAUUGAUAUUUUUUUUCUAAUUUUCAUCUUAUCCUUUGGAUGAUUCUCUUUGACCAGAUUGAGAUCAUCUUCAAUUUGUUCUUCUCACUUCCACAGUGAUAGUUACAUCUGUAUACAAAUAAAUCAGUUUAAAAUGGAUUUAACUCCAAAAAAUUAGAAAGAAAAAUAGUUUUUUUUUCUUCCUAUUUUCAUAUUUCUUGGGCCACCGUUCUGUUUUGGCGAGAAAAAUGUUACUGGCGAAGCCGACCUUGUUCUUGAUUUAUGUGUGAGAUUCGUCCUUUCUCCAAAGUGAGCUUCUUUUUUUUUAAAUGAUUCCCAUUUAAAAAUAUAAAACAGAGUGCCCCAUACUCCAAUACAUGUGCGUACGUAUAUAAGUGGUCCCAUUCAUCGUCGUCGUCUGUGCUAGGGAGCAAAAAUAAUAGAGAAGAGAGACAGCAGCACAAGUUGAGGCCUCAAGCUUUAGAAGAAGGCCUCUGAAGAGUGUGAGUAGACAAGAUCUCAUCAUGGUUUCCUACUUUUCUUGAUUUUACAUAUAAAUACCGAAGCUUUCUUCUAUUGUUUUUAUGCUUAGUGCUUGUCAGAAACUGGACUCACCCUAGCUUUUUUCCUUGUCUUAGUUUCUUAAACUUGUCAGUACUUUUUAAGUUAAUUAGCUAAAAAUAAAAAAAAAUUAUCUGUUUUCUGAAAACAGAGACGUCUCUUUUGAUCUGGCUUUUGAUGUGUGUGUUAGUUUUUAUAAGACCAUUUAUAACAAGAAGCAUCCCAACAGUCUCUAUCUAUUAGCGUUCUUCACUCUCGAAGUUGCUUUCGCUGGUGGGACUUUAUCGCUCCUUUCCUAAAGGCAAAAAACAUGUCAGGCUCUAGGCCAAGUCAGUCCUCUGAGGGCUCGUCAAGGCGAUCAAGACACAGCGCUAGGAUCAUUGCACAGACCACCGUCGAUGCAAAGCUCCACGCUGACUUCGAGGAGUCAGGAGGCAGCUCCUUUGAUUACUCAACCUCAGUGCGUGUAACUACCCCAGCUGUGGAGAACAACCAGCCGCCGAGGUCCGACAAGGUGACCACGACAUAUCUCCACCACAUACAAAAGGGAAAGCUAAUCCAGCCCUUCGGCUGUUUACUCGCCUUGGAUGAGAAGACCUUCAAAGUCAUCGCGUACAGCGAAAACGCCCCUGAGCUCUUGACAAUGGCUAGUCACGCGGUCCCCAGCGUCGGCGAGAGCCCCGUUCUAGGCGUUGGGACGGAUAUAAGGAGUCUCUUCACUGCUCCUAGUGCCUCUUCGUUGCAGAAGGCACUUGGAUUCGGAGACGUCUCUCUUCUGAAUCCCAUUCUAGUCCACUGCAGGACUUCCGCAAAGCCGUUUUACGCGAUUGUGCAUAGGGUUACAGGGAGCAUUGUAGUCGACUUCGAACCAGUGAAGCCUUAUGAAGUUCCCAUGACGGCUGCUGGCGCUUUACAAUCUUACAAGCUCGCUGCAAAAGCGAUCACUAGGCUUCAGUCUUUGCCUAGUGGGAGCAUGGAGAGGCUUUGCGAUACGAUGGUUCAAGAGGUUUUCGAGCUCACGGGCUAUGACAGAGUGAUGGCUUAUAAGUUUCAUGAGGAUGAUCACGGCGAAGUUGUCUCCGAGGUGACGAAGCCUGGUCUUGAGCCUUAUCUCGGUCUGCAUUAUCCGGCCACCGACAUCCCUCAAGCGGCUCGGUUUCUCUUUAUGAAGAAUAAAGUUCGUAUGAUCGUCGAUUGCAACGCAAAACAUGUGAAGGUGCUUCAAGACGAGAAGCUUUCCUUUGAUCUCACCUUGUGCGGCUCUACCCUUAGAGCGCCGCACACCUGCCAUUUGCAGUACAUGGCCAACAUGGAUUCUAUUGCAUCUCUUGUUAUGGCGGUUGUAGUUAACGAGGAAGAAGAUGGAGAAGCUACUACGCCUCAAAAGAGGAAGAGACUAUGGGGUUUGGUGGUUUGUCACAACACAACUCCUAGGUUUGUCCCCUUUCCUCUCAGGUAUGCAUGUGAGUUUCUAGCUCAAGUGUUUGCGAUACACGUGAACAAAGAGGUGGAGCUGGAGAACCAGAUCGUGGAGAAGAACAUUCUGCGCACGCAGACUCUCUUGUGCGAUAUGCUGAUGCGCGAUGCUCCUCUGGGGAUUGUCUCGCAGAGUCCCAAUAUAAUGGACCUUGUGAAAUGCGAUGGAGCGGCUCUUUUGUAUAAAGACAAGGUAUGGAAUCUUGGAACAACUCCAAGCGAGUUUCAUCUACAAGAGAUAGCUUUUUGGUUGUGUGAACACCACGCUGAUUCAACCGGUCUAAGCACUGAUAGCUUGCAUGACGCUGGGUUCCCAGGAGCUUUAGCCCUUGGGGAUUCAGUAUGCGGAAUGGCGGCUGUGAGGAUAUCAUCUAGAGACAUGAUUUUCUGGUUCCGUUCUCAUACAGCUGGCGAAGUGAGAUGGGGAGGUGCGAAGCAUGAUCCAGAUGAUAGAGAUGACGCGAGGAGAAUGCACCCGAGGUCAUCGUUUAAGGCUUUUCUUGAAGUGGUUAAGACGAGGAGUUUACCUUGGAAGGACUAUGAGAUGGAUGCUAUACAUUCAUUGCAGCUUAUUCUGAGGAAUGCUUUCAAGGAUGGAGAAAGUAGUGAUGUGAAUACUAAUAUUAUUCACUCGAAGCUAAACGAUUUAAAGAUUGAUGGUAUACAAGAACUUGAAGCUGUGACUAGUGAGAUGGUUCGUUUGAUUGAGACUGCUACUGUGCCAAUAUUGGCGGUUGAUUCUGAUGGAUUGGUUAAUGGUUGGAACACGAAAAUUGCUGAGCUGACUGGUCUUCCUGUUGAUGAAGCGAUUGGGAAGGAUUUCCUCACACUUGUUGAAGAUUCUUCGGUGGAAAUCGUUCAGAGGAUGUUAGAGAAUGCACUAGAAGGAACUGAGGAGCAGAAUGUUCAGUUUGAGAUCAAGACACAUCUGUCAAGAACCGACGCUGGACCAAUAAGUUUAGUUGUAAACGCCUGCGCAAGCAAAGACCUCCAUGAAAACGUGGUUGGUGUAUGUUUCGUAGCCCAUGAUCUCACCGCACAGAAGACUGUGAUGGACAAGUUCACUCGUAUCGAAGGCGACUACAAGGCCAUCAUCCAGAACCCAAACCCUCUGAUCCCGCCCAUAUUUGGAACCGACGAGUCCGGGUGGUGCACGGAGUGGAAUCCAGCGAUGUCAAAUCUAACCGGCUUGAAGCGUGAGGAGGUGGUGGAGAAGAUGCUGUUGGGAGAAGUCUUCGGGACGCAGAAGAAGUCGUGCUGUCGUCUCAAGAAUCAAGAAGCGUUUGUGAACCUUGGGAUUGUGCUUAACAAUGCUGUGACCAGUGAGGACGCUGAGAAAGUGCCGUUUGGUUUUUUCACGAGAGGUGGGAAGUAUGUGGAGUGUUUGUUGUGUGUGAGUAAGAAGCUUGACAGGGAAGGUGCGGUGACUGGCGUCUUCUGUUUCUUGCAACUUGCUAGUUAUGAGCUGCAGCAAGCUCUCCACGUGCAGCGUCUAGCUGAGCGUACUGCGCUGAAGAGACUAAAGGCUUUGGCUUAUAUAAAAAGAGAGAUUCGGAAUCCGUUGUCUGGGAUCAUGUUUACUAGGAAGAUGAUGGAGGGGACUGAGAUAGGACCAGAGCAGAGAAUGAUCUUGCAAACUAGCGGUUUGUGUGAGAAGCAACUCAGCAAGAUUCUUGAUGAUUCUGAUCUUGAAAGCAUCAUUGAAGGAUGCUUGGAUCUGGAGAUGAAAGAGUUCACCUUAAACGAAGUGUUGACUGCUUCCACAAGUCAAGUAAUGAUGAAGAGUAACGGAAAGAGCGUUCGUGUAACUAAUGAAACAAAGGAAGAAGUAAUGUCUGAUACUUUGUAUGGAGAUAGUAUUAGGCUUCAACAAGUUCUUGCAGAUAUCAUGCUGAUGUCUGUUAACUUCACACCAUCUGGAGGUCAGUUAACUGUCACAGCUUCCUUGAGGAAAGAUCAGCUUGGGAGAUCAGUGCAUCUUGCUUAUUUAGAGAUCAGGAUAACGCAUACCGGAGCUGGUUUACCAGAGUUUUUGCUAAACCAAAUGUUUGGGAGUGAGGAAGAUGUUUCGGAGGAAGGGUUAAGCUUGAUGGUUAGCAGGAAACUGGUGAAGCUGAUGAAUGGAGAUGUUCAGUACUUGAGAGAAGCUGGGAAGUCUAGUUUCAUUAUCACUGCAGAACUCGCUGCAGCAAGCAAGUAGUCCCUAAAAAGAAAAAAGGGUGUGUUGUGGAUUGAUAUGAUGGCCACUCUCUUUGUUUGUAACUUUCCUUAUUGCUUUUGUUUUCAAUAACGAUGAAAUAUCCAUCCAUUUACAUCUUCUGUUAUCUCAAGCUGUAAAUAUGGAUGCAUAUCUAAUCUCCUGUCAAGUGUGUUUUGGUUGAUGUAUUGUUCAAAAAAUGAAGUAUGAUUAUUGAGGUAAUUUAUAGUCAA